CUUACAAAAGCACGUGUUGGCCUUGGCUUCCAGCAUCACUGUGAUCCCGAGAUCCCUGUAAUAUUCUCAGCUUCUCUCUCUCUGUCUUUCUGUUUGUACUUAAAUUGUUACACUGUAGUUGACCUUGUUCAGAUGGGUUCCGACUGCUGAGGAGGUCCGAGAUAUAUUGGCACCCAAAAUUCUCUUCAAUCUGUUUUGGUCAGAGUUUUUUUCUUCUUCUCAAAACUAUGAGUGCGGGAAUGAAGAAAUCUUCUUCAAAUGGCUCUGAGAAUAUUUUAACAAGUGAAGAGCAGCAGGCAAAGAUUAGCGAGGUGAGGAAGUUGAUAGGGACAGUGCCGGAUAAGUUGUCCACAUAUUGUUCCGAUGCAUCCAUUGCAAGGCAUUUAAGGGCAAGGAACUGGAAUGUCAAGAAGGCCACAAAAAUGUUGAAAGAUACCUUGAAAUGGAGGUCAGAAUACAAACCGGAGGAGAUUCGUUGGGAGGACGUAGCUCGUGAAGCUGAGACGGGAAAAAUUUACAGAUCAAAUUAUAUGGACAAGCAUGGGAGACCAGUUCUUGUCAUGAGGCCUAGUUGCCAGAACUCAAAGUCAACGAAAGGCCAGAUACGAUAUUUGGUGUAUUGCUUGGAGAAUGCUAUAUUAAAUCUUCCACCCGACCAGGAACAGAUGGUUUGGCUGAUUGAUUUUCAAGGUUUCAAUUUGUCACAUAUUUCAGUGAAGGUGACACGUGAAACAGCCCAUGUUUUGCAAGACCAUUAUCCAGAACGCCUAGGUCUUGCAAUACUCUACAACCCACCCAAGUUUUUUGAGCCAUUCUAUACGUUAGUAAAGCCCUUUCUAGAACCAAAGACUUACAAUAAAGUGAAGUUUGUGUAUGCGGAAGACCUCAACACCAAGAAGAUAAUGGAGGAUCUAUUUGAUAUUGAAAAACUGGAGGCUGCAUUUGGCGGAAAUGAUACUGCAGGUUUUGAUAUAAAUAAGUACGCCGAGAGGAUGAAAGAGGAUGAUAAGACGAUUUGCACAGCUGGAAGUCUGCCCUUGGCAGCCUCACAACCUGUCCUGACCAGUGCUGCUCUCUCAUUGGAUCCUGUCAAGUUAGACUCAAAUUCAGAUGCUUCUGAUAAUGAGAAAACAGACAGUUCCUCAUCCCAUGGCAUAGAACCAGAAAUUAUCUCAGACCACAAUAUGGCGGUGGCUGCUAGUACCACAAAAGCUGCCGAUGAUGUAGAUCAAGUAUAAUCUUGUCUCAAGGUUCAGGUAUGGUGACUUAACUGUAGUGAUGUAUCUUGCUGACCCUUUGGCUGUUGGGUUAGGUACUUCAAAUUUAGAGGGCUCCUGUAAACUCAAGUUCUCAAUUGAUUUGUUUUGAGCAUAUUGGACACUCCGUCAAUGAAUUCGGCUUGUGAAGUUGGUCAGAACUCAAGAUUGUAGUUCCUAAAACCAACUCAAAGGAGGCAUUUUAUCUCCUUACUUCAUUUAAGCAUUUUUACUUAAAGAAGAAACUUCACGAA